UCUACAGCAGCCGAGCGAGAGAUUAUUCUCGCACUUUCUGCGGGCGGUCAACGAGUUUGUCUGUGAGCGACACUACAGUGCGUGAGAAGGAAAUUUGAUGUUUUCGUUUUCGUUUUCGUUUUUUAGAUUUACUCUAAUUACAAAAAUCGCGACAGUCUUGGAACAAGGAUGACACAUUCGCACGAGUCCACAGCUGUCGUGUGCGAUCAAUGACGGAUCGGAAUAAAUAAUUUAAGGACAGUUUGAUGAACUCCAGCCCCGCGCUUCAGGUUUGACAGGCACCCGGUGGGUCAUUUCCGUGAAGUUAUUGAAUAUUCGAGAAAUAUUCACACAUGGAAGCGGAUCGUUGUAGGAUAGUGAUGUUUUAGUCGAGUAUUGUGAUGGGGAAAGAUUAUUACAGGGUGUUGGGAAUAGAGAAGGGCGCCUCGGAUGAUGAGAUCAAGAAAGCGUACAGAAAACAAGCGUUAAAAUUUCACCCUGACAAAAACAAAUCAGCCGGAGCAGAAGAUAAAUUCAAAGAGAUCGCAGAAGCCUAUGAUGUGUUAAGCGAUGCCAAGAAGAAGGAUAUUUAUGACAGAUAUGGAGAGGAUGGUCUUAAAGGACACACUGGCGGUGGGAGCAACGGCCCUAGCUACACUUUUCACGGCGAUCCGCACGCCAUGUUUGCAGAGUUCUUCGGCGGCCGCAGCCCGUUCGAUCAGUUCUUUGCAUCCCACGGGGGCUUAGACGAUGACAUGCAUAUUGACGACCCUUUCGCUGCUUUUGGAAUGGGAGGUAUGGGCGGUUUCCCCAGGUCCUUCAAAUCUCGUGUGACGGGUCCACACGGGGGCCGGGAGAAGAAGAAAGAUCCCCCGGUCAUGCACGAACUCAAGGUGAGUCUUGAAGAAGUCUUCUCCGGGUGCACGAAAAAGAUGAGGAUCUCUCGCAAGAGGUUGAACCCGGACGGUUGCAGCAUGCGCACCGAAGACAAAAUCCUAACCGUGGACAUCAAACGUGGCUGGAAAGAGGGGACUAAGAUUACUUUUCCCAAAGAGGGGGACGAGACGCCGACCAACAUCCCUGCUGACAUAGUGUUUGUGGUAAAGGACAAGGCUCACUCUUAUUUUCAGAGGGACGGCUCUGACAUUGUUCACUCUGUGAAGAUAUCCCUGAAAGAUGCUCUUUGUGGAUGCACCGUCAGCGCACCAACCCUGGAUGGUAGAACUGUCACUGUGACAUCACAUGAUGUCAUCAAACCAGGCAUGAAGAAGAGGAUUGUGGGAGAGGGACUGCCCCUGUCCAAGUAUCCUGAAAGGAGAGGAGACAUGGUGCUAGAGUUCUUAGUAACAUUUCCAGACAAGUUAGGACCGGGGACUCGUGAAGCUCUGGUUCAGAUCCUGCCACCAUGAUCAUUGUGAUGACUGAAGGAGAAACUCCCAGCCGAUGCUUCGAGAGCCACGCACACAUCCUGUGAUCCAACUGAUUUCCUACAGAACCAACUUGGAAAGCAUCCGUUACAAAAACAUAAGAGAGCUGCAGUGUAUGAUAUUAAUUUAUAGCUCUGUCAAUAUAAUGUGUACAGUGCGCUUUUUCAGAUCACUGUGAAGCAUUACAGAAGAAAUAUAUUGAGGUUGUUGUUAACCAGAAGUUGACAUUUUUGUUUUAAUCCCAUUGUUUUAUUGCUUCAGGUUUCUUGGACAGCAAUCUGUUUGUUUUUGUUAUUUUACAUUUUUAUUUCAGUUUUAGAGUUUGGCAAAAUUCGGAGUGUAAGAAUUGUCAUUCUGUAUAAUCAUGAGUUGAAAUUAAAAUGUAAUUUGAAGUGGAAUAACAGCAAAAGGAAUUUACUGUAAAGGUUUUUUACGGGACUGUUAAACCCGAAAAAGAAACUUCUGUCAUCAUUUACUCACCCUCAAGUUGUUCCACAUCUGUAUAAAUUUCUUUGUUCUGAUGAACACAGGGAAAGAUAUUUGGAAGAAUGGUUGUAACCAAACAGAUCUAUGCCACCAUAGUAGGAAAUAUUGCAUUAUACAUUUCGUAGUUCUGUUGAACACAAAAGAAGAUAUUCGGAAGAAUGUAGGAAAGCAGACAGUUUUGGGUCACUUUGGACUACCAUUGACAAUUUUCCUACUAUGGGAGUCAAUAAGGGCCAAGAACUGGUUACAAGCAUUCUUUCAAAUAUCUUUCUCUUUGUUCAUCAGAACAAAGACAUUUAUACAGAUUUGGAACAACUCGAGGGUGAGUAAAUGAUGACAGAAUUUUACAUUAUUGGGUGAACUGUUCCUUUAUGGAAAUCAAACUAAUACAACAGAGAGACAACCUAGUUAUGUGUUUUGUUAAAGGUUUUCUUCCUGAAAACCUGUUUCAUGUUCUUCGAUCCCAAUAUUUUAGACCUGAACAUUUUCGGAUCGUGUUUAUAUUUAUAUCACUUAUAAUAAAUAACCUUAUAUAUUGUA